AUGGCCUGUCACUGCGAAGACAAUCAUAGCGAAGACGAGGCUAACGGUAAACCCCAGGACUAUACUGUUUUACUGCUUACAUUUGAUACGGUUGGAGAAUUCGAGAACAUUCAAUGGACUAUAUUUUGCGACGGCUCAAAAGGGACUACUCAGCGAAGGUCGUGGUUUGUCGAUAGGUCAGAUCUUUGGAAUUUGACAACAAAAUUUGGAUUACGCCCUGGAUAUCGCGACAAGAAUGGCAUGAAUUCUUUGAUGCACCGCCAAGCAGAGGAGAACGCGGACGACGGAAUCCGUGUCCUAGAGGUUACUGAUGACCCUAGUGGACGAGGAUUUCGUUUAAUAAUGAUCACUCCGACACAGUUAGAAUGGUUGAGAAAAUUUUCGCCACGUGGAAUUGCAGUCGACGACACACAUAACGUCACACGUUACAAUCUAAAGCUAGCGACUGUUUCAGUAGCUGACAACAAGAACCGGGGUCUUCCGGCUGCUUUUUUACUGAGCGGCACAAUGACAACAUUGGAUGUACAGAGGCUCUUUUUGGAGAUCAAGAAGCUUCUGCCUGAUUUCAACCCACAACAGAUAGUUAAUGAUGAAGCUCCAUGCUUUUACAACGGAUUUCGAGCUGCUCGCAUUCGAGGACAAGUAAAGAAAGACCUCAAUGAACUUCUCCUCAUUGCUGACCUCACUUUGUUUGAGUCACGCUUCGGUCAAAUUCUCGGUUUUCUCGAAACAAAAGGCCAAACUGGAAUGGUUAAUUAUCUUAAGGAUAAUUAUUUAGGCAAGUAUAGAACCGUUUUGGCUUCACUUCCCUUUUCCCGAAAAGCUUUUACAGGAAGGACUGCCAGUUGGGCAUCAUUUGCAAACACAGGUGCCGUAAUGGACACGACAAUGAUUAGUGAGAGGUGGCAUCUGCGUCUAAAAAAGGACUUCCUCCACAGAAAUGCCAACUCAAGAGCUGACUUCCUCGUAGAGCUGCUAAUCAGAGCUGUGGAAGACUUGGCUGAUUCAGCCGAAAUUAGGGAUCUCCGUCGACUCGCAGCAUCCUCUUUCCGUGUUCAGCAGUCCAGUAAAUGUGAUAGAUGGGCAUUGAAACACUACGAGAACAGGCCUGAGAAGAUGAAGCGAGUGGCAGAAUGGGAACUUCAGGGAAAAGAUGUGGCGGAAAAAUACCAAGUGAGAAAUCUAGUACCAAUUUAUCGAUCCGGAGGGAUGAAAGGGUUGGCGAGCAGUAGUGCGGAUUCGAACCCGCGACCGUGUGGCUACAACGGACCGCUGCUCGACUGCGCCACACCCGCCCCAAAGAAAAAGGUGCUGAAAAAAUGCCGGUCCAACACUUCGGCGCUGAGUAUGUGA